GGCUCCGUCAGUUUCCUCGGCAGCGGUAGACGAGAGCACCCGGACCAGUGCGAUCGCUGGGCCACCAGAGACGGUGGAGGAGACUCGAGCACAGCAAGGGCGCGGCGGAUCCCAUUCGCACAGCAGCGCACUCGGUGCCCAGCGCAGGGUCGCGAUGCUACCCAGCUUGGCUCUGCUUCUGCUGGCCGCUUGGACGGCUCGCGCGCUGGAGGUGCCCACUGAUGGCAAUGCUGGCCUCCUGGCAGAACCUCAGAUCGCCAUGUUCUGUGGCAAGCUGAACAUGCACAUGAACGUGCAAAAUGGGAAGUGGGAGUCAGAUCCAUCGGGGACCAAAACUUGCAUCGGUACCAAGGAGGGCAUCCUGCAGUACUGCCAAGAAGUCUACCCUGAGCUGCAGAUCACCAACGUGGUAGAAGCCAACCAACCAGUGACCAUCCAGAACUGGUGCAAGCGGGGCCGCAAGCAGUGCAAGACCCAUGCCCACAUCGUGAUCCCCUACCGCUGCUUAGUUGGUGAGUUUGUAAGCGAUGCUCUUCUUGUUCCUGACAAGUGCAAAUUCUUACACCAGGAGCGGAUGGAUGUUUGUGAAACCCACCUUCACUGGCAUACCGUCGCCAAAGAGACCUGCAGCGAGAAGAGCACCAACUUGCAUGACUAUGGCAUGUUGCUGCCCUGUGGAAUUGACAAGUUCCGCGGGGUGGAGUUCGUGUGCUGCCCACUGGCCGAGGAGAGUGACAGUAUCGAUUCUGCAGAUGCAGAGGAGGACGACUCUGAUGUGUGGUGGGGUGGAGCAGACACGGACUAUGCAGAUGGGAGUGAAGACAAAGUAGUGGAAGUGGCAGAGGAAGAGGAAGUGGCUGAUGUUGAGGAAGAAGAAGCCGAUGAUGACGAGGAUGUGGAGGAUGGUGAUGAGGGAGAGGAGGAGGCCGAGGAACCCUAUGAAGAGGCCACAGAGAGGACCACCAGCAUUGCCACCACCACCACCACCACCACAGAGUCCGUGGAAGAGGUGGUCCGAGAGGUGUGCUCUGAACAAGCCGAGACCGGGCCCUGCCGAGCAAUGAUCUCCCGCUGGUACUUUGAUGUUACUGAAGGGAAGUGCGCCCCCUUCUUUUACGGCGGAUGUGGCGGCAACAGGAACAACUUUGACUCUGAAGAGUACUGCCUGGCCGUGUGUGGCAGCGUCAUGUCCCAAAGUUUAUUCAAGACUACUCGGGAACCUCUCCCCCAAGAUCCUGUUAAAAUUCCUACAACAGCAGCCAGCACCCCUGACGCCGUUGACAAGUAUCUUGAGACGCCUGGUGACGAAAAUGAGCAUGCCCACUUCCAGAAAGCCAAGGAGAGGCUGGAGGCCAAGCACCGGGAGAGGAUGUCCCAGGUCAUGAGAGAAUGGGAAGAAGCAGAACGUCAAGCAAAGAACUUGCCCAAAGCUGAUAAGAAGGCAGUGAUCCAGCAUUUCCAGGAGAAAGUGGAAUCUCUGGAACAGGAAGCAGCCAACGAGAGGCAGCAGCUGGUGGAGACACACAUGGCCAGAGUGGAAGCCAUGCUCAAUGACCGCCGCCGACUGGCCCUGGAGAACUACAUCACCGCCCUGCAGGCUGUUCCUCCUCGGCCUCGUCACGUGUUCACCAUGCUGAAGAAGUAUGUCCGUGCCGAGCAGAAAGACAGACAGCACACCCUAAAGCAUUUCGAGCAUGUGCGCAUGGUGGAUCCCAAGAAAGCUGCUCAGAUCCGGUCCCAGGUUAUGACACACCUCCGAGUAAUCUAUGAGCGCAUGAAUCAGUCUCUGUCCCUGCUCUACAACGUACCUGCAGUAGCUGAGGAGAUUCAGGAUGAAGUUGACGAGCUGCUUCAGAAAGAGCAAAACUACUCGGAUGACGUCUUGGCCAACAUGAUCAGCGAACCAAGAAUCAGUUAUGGAAACGAUGCUCUCAUGCCGUCUUUGACUGAAACGAAAACCACCGUGGAGCUUCUUCCCGUGAAUGGAGAGUUCAGCCUGGACGAUCUCCAGCCGUGGCAUCCUUUUGGGGUGGACUCUGUGCCGGCCAAUACCGAAAAUGAAGUUGAGCCUGUCGAUGCCCGCCCCGCUGCCGACCGAGGACUGACCACUCGACCAGGUUCUGGGCUGACAAAUAUCAAGACAGAAGAGAUCUCUGAAGUGAAGAUGGACGCGGAGUUCCGACACGACUCAGGAUUUGAAGUUCGUCACCAAAAAUUGGUAUGCCAAAUUAUUCACCUCUUCCAUCUAUUGUUUAUCUUACCAAAAGACCUGUUAUGUCUUGCUCAUUCUCUUACCACCCACAUUCAAGUAAAACAGUCCUCCAGCAUGGCUUUUUGGAUUUGUUUAGGUAUUUAUUUUAAUGCCAUUCUCAUACUUGCUUCUCAGGUUGAUGCUGCUGUGACCCCAGAGGAGCGCCACCUCUCCAAGAUGCAACAGAAUGGCUACGAGAAUCCAACUUACAAGUUCUUUGAGCAGAUGCAGAACUAGACUACCGCCACAGCAGCCUCUGAAGUUGGACAGCAAAACCAUUGCUUCACUACCCAUCGGUGUUCAUUCAUAGAAAAAUGUGGAAAGGAACAAACCCUUCUGUUUUAUUAUUUGCUCAUUAUCGCCUUUGACAGCUGUGCUGUAACACAAGUAGAUGCCUGAACUUGAAUUAAUAUACAGAUCAGUAAUGUAUUCUCUCUCUCUCUCUUUACAUUUUGGUCUCUACACUACAUUAUUAAUGGGUUUUGUGUACUGUAAAGAAUUUAGCUGUAUCAAACUAGUGCAUGAAUAGAUGCUCUCCUGAUUAUUUAUCACAUACAUAGCCCCUUAGCCAGUUGUAUAUUAUUCUUGUGGUUUGUGACCCAAUUAAGUCCUACUUGAAAUAUGCUUUAAAAAAAAAAUCGAUGGAGGAUGCUUCAUGUGAACGUGGGAGUUUAGCUGCUUCUCUUGCCUAAGUAUUCUUUUCCUGAUCACUAUGCAUUUUCAAAGUAAACAUUUUUAAGUAUUCCAAA